AUGGGGAUUGAUGGAGUGCAGAAGGUGGGACAAGAGUUCUAUGGGAAUAUUGGGUCUUCUUCGUUUAAGCCAUUUGAAGCCCUAGAGAUUCUGAGGUUUGAAGAGAUGUUAGAGUGGGAGGAAUGGGUUUGUCGUGAAAUUGAAUUCCCUUGUUUGAAGGUGCUUUAUAUCAAGGAAUGUCCAAAGCUGAAAAAGGAUUUACCGAAACACCUUCCUAAAUUAACAAAACUUGAGAUUAGAGAAUGCAAGCAGCUGGUGUGUUGUCUUCCAAUGGCUCCCUCCAUUCGUAAAUUGGAGUUGGAGGAAUGUGAUGAUGUGGUGGUUAGGAGUGCGGGCAGUCUCACCUCAUUGGCUUCCUUGGAUAUAAGCAAUGUUUGUAAAAUACCAGAUGAAUUAGGACAACUGCAUUCUCUUGUAGAGUUGUAUGUGCGUUUUUGUCCCGAGCUAAAGGAAAUUCCACCCAUUCUUCACAACCUUACCUCUCUUAAAAACUUGAACAUCCAGGGUUGUGAGAGUCUUGCAUCUUUUCCGGAGAUGGCGCUGCCACCCAUGCUUGAAGGCCUUCAAAUUUUUUCCUGUCCCAUUCUGGAGUCCCUACCAGAGGGAAUGAUGCAAAAUAAUACGACUCUGCAAUACUUGGAUAUCCAUAGUUGUCGUUCUCUGAGGUCCUUGCCCAGGGACAUUGAUUCAUUGAAGAAACUUUCAAUCUACGAGUGUAAGAAAUUGGAGUUAGCACUCCCGGAGGAUAUGACGCACAAUCACUACGCUUCCCUUACCCAAUUAAAUAUAACAAAUAGUUGUGAUUCUCUCACGUCCUUUCCAUUAGCCUCCUUCACAAAGCUUGAGUAUCUUUUUAUCGAAAAUUGUGGAAAUCUGGAGUCCCUUUACAUUCCAGAUGGACUUCACCACGUGGAUCUCACAUCUCUCCAGUCAUUGUCCAUAUCUAAUUGCCCUAAUCUGGUAUCUUUUCCACGAGGAGGAUUGCCCACUCCCAAUUUAAGACUGCUUCGGAUACUACGUAACUGCGAAAAGCUCAAGUCACUGCCCCAAGGGAUGCACACCCUCCUUACAUCCCUUCAAGAUUUGUAUAUAUAUGAUUGUCCAGAAAUUGAUUCAUUUCCAGAAGGGGGAUUGCCCACUAAUCUAUCUGAGCUCUACAUCAUAAGUUGCAACAAACUCGUGGCCAAUCCGAUGGAGUGGGGCUUGCAAACGCUUCCCUUUCUUAGAAGCCUGAUGAUUGGUGGAUGUGAAAAAGAAAGAUUUCCCGAGGAGCGAUUUCUGCCCUCCACUCUCACCUCCCUUGAAAUUUGGGGUUUUCCAAAUCUGAAAUCCCUGGACAAUAAGGGGCUUCAGCAUCUUACCUCUCUUGAAACUCUGGAGAUUUCGAAAUGUGAAAAGCUCAAGUCCUUCCCAAAACAGGGGCUGCCCUCCUCCCUUUCACGUCUUUAUAUUCAAGGGUGUCCUCUGCUGAAGAAACGGUGCCAAAGGAAUAAAGGGAAAGAAUGGCCCAACAUUUCUCACAUCCCCUGCAUAGCGUUCGACAGAUACACGAAAAAUGAGGAGGUGAUCUUAUCAUGA